GACAGCGACCCUCCUGAGAGUGCUUCCUCUCAGAGACCCUGCAUGAAGGAGACAGAAAACUGCUUCAGUGAUGGCCAGCAGGAGUCCUCUGACGAAGACAUGGAGUGGAGUGGAAACAACUCUAUGUUCGCUAACCUGUCCAUCCCGCAGCUCGAUGGCGCCCGCAGACGAGAGUAGCGAUUCCUCCUUAACAGAUAGUGGCUCAAUGACGCAGUCUUCGCUUACGGCCACUGAAAAGAUGUUGGGCAAAAGAAAUCCCAUCCCCGGAGAGACGGUCCACCUUGAGCCACCAUCUACAGCUAAGAUCCUUUUGGAGUGCAAGCAUCCCGAGCACAUACCAGUUCACGUGUUGGACACGGAGCAGCCGCUUGACAAGCACUUUCAGUUAAAAAGCAGUCAGGACAGCAGUAGUGAAUGUUUGACAGGGUUCAAGGUGAAUAAAGAAAUCCCCUACAUCCAGCCAGUCAAACACCCUAUUCCCUGCAUAUUAGCCAAUCACCCUGAGGUAUCUCCCAUCUGCAUGGACAAAGAAGAUCUACGACCUUUGUACACCUACGAUAAGAAAGCUUCCAUAGCUUUGGAUAAAACGGAUAUUGAAAGCUUCCCAUUUGGUAAUGGAAAGGUCGCCAAGAACAGGAAGAAGUACGGCAGUAUAAAGAAUGUAGAAACAAACUGUCUGUCCAUUCUUCAGAACCACAGGACCUUUUCUCUCUGUUAUUCUGAGCUGAGAAACUGCUCAGCUAAGACUGACCUGGAACUGAACACAAAAGACAAUAAAAGCCCCCUUCUGAGGAGCAUCGCAUCAGCCCCAUCAACCUUGAAGGAGGACGAGUUUCUUGAUCCUCAUGAGGACGAAAUUGGCAAAGAUGGCGAGGAAGGAGAUGUCGGUGAGCUGAAAAUCAGGUACGAGGACUAUCAGGAAAACAAGACUGAGAGGACUAUUGUUGCCCAGCAGGAGGCACACUACAAGUUUUUCCCCAGUGUCAUUCUCUCCAACUGCCUCAGCAGAAAGAAACCUGGGAACAAGAAAAUGGCUGACACCUGCAGCAAGGUGGAACAGGCCCAACCUCGCAGGUCUAAACUAAAGAUGAACAAAAAAAGGCUAGGUAUGACAGGACCUAGGAACAAAUUAAAGAUGGUCCAAAGCUCUACCUCUGAUAGCCAGAUUAGCACCAGCAUCACCUCAGUAACACCUGCUAGUCCUGUGAAUACGGACACUGAAAUGCUGCUUUCUGAGGAUCGUCAGGAUUUACAAGAGGCCGAGUCGAUCAAAGAGGAAACAAUUGUGAAAAAUGAGUCUGAAAGUGAGGAGAGGUCCAUAGGUGAACAGGCAGAACCACAGCCAGAGCCCCUUGUCUCCAGCUCUGCUACCAAUUCCUGUUUUCCUGAGGAAACUAAAGACUCUACUGAGGAUGUGGUAAGCCCACUGCAAGAUUUGUCUGCCAAAGUCACCUGUACUAAACCGUCAGCACUGCCAGGUAGUAAAUACACCCUGAGGACCAAACGGAAGAUGAAAUAUGAUUCAGAGGAUGGGGAACACUCAGGUGCUACUCGUUCUAAAAACCUAGCUUCUGUCAAAGAACGGCUUAAGGACAAUGAUGUCUCCGGUGGGCAAGAAGUAAAGUAUCAGAGAAGACGCAAGAAGGAACCUCCUAUCAUUAUAAAGUACAUUAUUAUUAACAGGUUCAAAGGAGAGAAAAACAUGCUGGUGAAGAUGUCCAAAGUGAAUGCAGCUGAGCAGUUGGUGGUGUUGACCCCAGACAAGCUAGAGCACUAUAAAAAACUGGCUCCUCUCAAGGAUUUCUGGCCCAAGGUACCAGAAUCCACUGCUGUCAAGUUUCCCGUCACUGAACCAAAGGCCAAAAAACAUCCCAAAAGAAAGGCAAAGGUUAACUCUACAAAUAAGAAGACUAUCAACAACUCCUCCAAACCUCUGAUUAGACAGGGUGAAAGGGUUCAGAAGCCAAAAGGCCGCAAAAAAGCCCCAAUCCUGCCAUCUCUGCCACCCCCUAGACCAUGUUACUGUGAGUUGGCACAUGACUAUGAUGUUGACUAUUCAGAUGUCAUGGUAGAGUUGGGCUACCUCUCAGAUAGAUCCCAAAGCCCGAGAGACUCAACGCCUCCACGCUGUUGGUCCCCAAGUGACCCCCUUAUGAAUACCAGGAGUUCAGAAGAGCUGAUAAAUCCACACAUUGACCCAUGUCUUAGUUCUGCUUUCCAAAAGCCACAUAGAUCGUCUACAGCCAAAGGAGCACGUAAUAAGUGUCAAACUGCCAAACCCAAGAGACUGUCAGAUGCUAAAAGGAAACCAAGUAAGUCUGCAGAAGAGCCUAAAACUGAGAAGGCAAAACAAGGUAAUACUGCUGUUUUGAGGCAGAGGAUGAAAGCUGGAGGUGCUGUCAACAGUUCUACAAGCACUACAAGACCUAGAAAGUCUCGUAAAAAGAAAACCGAGGAGCCCAAAAGGCAUGACUUAAUCAAAGAGAGCUCCCAACUCCUUUUCCCAGAGAAUGAGUUGCCUCCUUCUGAGAGCUCUUCACAAGAGGUUCCUCCAUUUCAACAGCAGGUGGGCAAAGAUAGCCAGGGCACGUCCCAGACUCCAUCUACACCAGAAAGGAACUCAGUAACCAAGUUUAUCGAGCCAAAGGUCGAAGACUGUGAGACUUCCAUCAUGGAGGUCAACCAAAGCAUUUCGGCACCUGCCCAGACGAAGCAGCAAGCUUGCCAGACCACCGUGGUAAAGGCAGAGGAUUCACAGGAGCAUUGCACAGACCUUCUGCCUCCAGUACAGGAACACAAUAAAGAUGUCCAGCUAAAAGAAGGUCCCCCACACUCAGGCCCCAAGAACGGGGAGAUGCCUCCUCUCUCUGAGACCCCAUCUGGCUUGGCUGUCCUUAAGAAGCUACUUCAGACAAGGCAACAGGGACAGCCCCUUCCUAUACAAGUGGUUGGUACAGCAAGCCACUCUACAGCCAUAGCCCAGGCGGCAGCACUUCUAAUUCCCACCACUAAACCCACUAAAUCCAGAAGAGCCCCCACCCCCACUUCUCGGAAACCCAGGGCCCCAAAAUCUAACAUGGCAAAAGAAAAAAGGCAGCGAAACAGGAAAGGCAAGAUGAGCAGUACUCAGCCAAAUCUGUCAGUAAAGCAGGAGGGCAGCAUGUCAGAUGAGUGCCCCCUCUUCCUGUCAGACCCGGGACUGGACAGCUGCAAUUUCAUAGAGGACAGCUUGUCACCAGAGCUCCCGCACAACUACACAUUUGAUAUAAAUGCUAUUGAUCAAACAGAGUUCUCCAGUCCGUACAGUGGCAGUCAGUUUGUUGUGACUGAUAAAAAUUUACCGGUCAAGUUCCUGAGUGACAUCAGCCAGGAUUCUGUAUCUGCUCAAGCGCUGGACUCUGAAAAGAAACUCGACAGGCUGCUUUGUUCUGGGAGGAUCUUCAAAGGGGCUCUGAUUGCAACAAAGCAAGGCCGAACAGCCCGACCUUUUAGAUGGGCACACAAACCCGAGCCUACAUCAAGCCUAACGUCCCUCAAGAGCAGAGAGUGGGACUUCUCUUUAGGUAAAGCCCACACGCUCAGCCCCUUUCAAGACUUUCACUGUGAGAGAAAAGAGCUGCUCUUUUUCAGUUUUCGACUCACUGCCUUUAAGCUCCGCUUCAUUUGUCGACCAUGA